AUGUCUCAUAAUCACUCGCAAUCACAGGCCAAUGUCGGCGGACCAGUACAGGGCCCCGGACAGGUGCCACGACCAGCAAUCGACGACGAAAUGCUGACCCCGAGUGAUGAGGAAGAUGACGACGAGGACGCACGAAACUUACGAGAGUUGCGGAAUCUUAGGCGACAGGCCACGAUCACGCAGCGGCAGAUGGCCAGCAUGCAGGAUAUGAUCAAUCAGCUCUCGAGUCAGCUGAUGGCCACCCCGAACGAGAAGAAGUCUAUCAUGAAGCCCAAGAUAGCGGCACCUGAGAAGUUCGACGGAACCCACACCGAACUGUGGACAUUCCUUACCAACAUCGACUUGUACUGCGAGUACAACGGAGUACCAACAGACCAGGAUAAGAUCCUUGUGACAAGCACCUACAUGAAAGGCAGGGCAGCCAAGUGGAUGGAACCCUAUGUCAAGGACUUCCUGAAGGACGCAGACAAUCUCGGAACCAAAAACGAGACCCAAGGAAUAUUCGGAAACUGGGACAACUUCAAGAAGGAGAUGGGACGGAUCUUCGGGGAAAUAGACGAAAAGAACUAA